UGAGCUCCGGGUUAGUGUCAGUAGCUGUGGGGACUGCUGGAGGAGCUCUUCUUUCUGGGUUACUACUCUCUUUUUCUACCAAAGCCUUCUUCAUCUCUACUGUCACUUCUCAGUUUCUCCUGGCAACAUAAAGGGCACCUGUCGCGACUCAGGUUUCCGCCAUGAGAGGACAAUGGAGCCCAUAUUUCACGUCCGUGCUGGUGUCUUUGACCAUUCUGUGGCAGACACGGUCCGGAGUAGAUUCCAAUUCAACACGUAACGUCAACAUCACAACGUUCACCAAGAUCCUGGACAGUCUGCUGGAUGGAUACGACAACAGACUGAGACCCGGCCUGGGAGACAGAGUAACGGAAGUGAAGACUGACAUCUAUGUAACCAGUUUUGGUCCAGUUUCUGACACCGAUAUGGAGUACACCAUUGAUGUUUUCUUCCGCCAGAGUUGGAAGGAUGAGCGAUUAAAGUUCCACGGACCGAUGAACAUUCUGCCUCUAAACAACCUGAUGGCCAGUAAGAUCUGGACGCCUGACACGUUCUUCCACAACGGCAAGAAAUCUGUCGCCCACAACAUGACCAUGCCCAACAAGCUGCUGAGGAUCAUGGAGGACGGAACCUUGCUCUACACUAUGAGGUUAACGGUUCAAGCUGAGUGCCCCAUGCACCUUGAGGACUUCCCAAUGGACUCCCACUCCUGUCCUCUGAAGUUUGGCAGCUAUGCCUACACUAAGACAGAGGUGACUUACAUCUGGACUCAUAAUGCCACCCACUCAGUGGACGUGGCGGCUGAAAGAUCCAGACUCAACCAGUACGACUUGGUGGGCCAGACGGCGGGCAAUCAGACCAUUAAAUCCAGCACUGGUGAGUACACGGUGAUGACGGCUCAAUUCCACCUGAAGAGGAAGAUCGGAUACUUUGUGAUCCAGACGUAUCUGCCCUGCAUCAUGACCGUCAUCCUGUCUCAGGUCUCCUUCUGGCUCAACAGAGAGUCCGUGCCUGCCAGGACGGUCUUUGGUGUAACUACAGUCCUCACAAUGACCACCCUGAGUAUCAGUGCCCGUAACUCACUGCCGAAGGUGGCCUAUGCUACAGCCAUGGACUGGUUCAUCGCCGUCUGCUAUGCCUUCGUCUUCUCUGCACUCAUUGAAUUUGCUACCGUCAACUACUUCACCAAGCGGGGGUGGGCCUGGGACGGGAAGACCAUCAUCAACGAGAAGAAAAAGGAAGCAGCAGUGAUGAAGAAGAACAACGCCUAUGCUGUAGCUGUGGCUAACUACGCUCCCAACAUCACAAAAGACUCUACGCUGCCCACCAUCUCAAAGUGCGGUCUGACCGAUAACAACAAGACCGCAGCGGAAACAAAGCCUGAGCACAACAAGAAGACCUUCAACAGCGUCAGCAAGAUCGACCGCAUCUCCCGCAUCCUGUUCCCCGUUCUGUUCUCAAGCUUUAACCUGGUCUACUGGGCCACCUACCUGAACAGAGAACCAGUCAUUAAAUACAUGGACCCUGCCAAAUGA